CGCGUCUCCACGGACGCCCACAUCAUCACUAACGAUAAACUGAUAACUGCAGAGGCAUAGGAAAAGGAAAACACGCAGUCUCCACUGUGUGUUGUGUGUGUAGAGAGAAACAUGGCGAAAUUCUGCUUGCAGCUGAACGCCGGCAUAGGCAGAAAUCUUGCCACGGCCUUCGCGGCUGAUACCGGCGAAAGGAAGAAUAGCAGGAAAAUUGAGAGAGUCGAGCUUCCGGAGAAAGUCAGGAAUUCUAGAGUUCUGAUAUUAGGGGGCACCGGAAGAGUGGGAGGCUCUACUGCCCUAGCCCUGUCCAAAUUCUGCCCCGAUCUUCGCAUAACCGUGGGUGGUCGGAACAGGGAUAAAGGCGCUGCAAUGGUGACUAAAUUAGGCAACAGCGCAGAGUUCUCCGAAGUUGACAUCAAUGAUAGCAAAUCACUGCAAGAAGCUUUGAAGGAUGUGGAUCUUGUCAUUCAUACUGCCGGGCCGUUUCAGCAGGCUGAGAAGUGCACUGUGCUUGAAGCUGCAAUUCGGAACCAGACUGCGUAUCUUGAUGUGUGCGAUGACACAAGCUACGCGUGGCAUGCAAAAUCAUACAUGAACCAAGCACUGGAUGCGAAUGUUCCGGCAAUAACAACAGGGGGAAUCUACCCAGGAGUGAGCAACGUGAUGGCAGCAGAGCUGGUCCGUGCAGCCAAAAGCGAAAGCAAAGCUGAACUAGAGAGGUUAAGGUUUUAUUAUUACACUGCUGGCUCUGGUGGCGCUGGCCCAACAAUAUUAUCAACAAGCUUUUUACUUCUUGGGGAGGAGGUAGUUGCAUAUAAUAAAGGAGAGAAAAUCAAACUGAAACCUUAUAGUGGGAUGCUCAACAUUGAUUUUGGACAAGGAAUUGGAAAGCAGGAUGUUUUUCUACUGAAUUUACCUGAGGUGAGAAGUAUUCAUGAGGUGCUUGGAGUACCGACUGUCAGUGCUCGGUUUGGAACUGCACCGUUCUUCUGGAACUGGGGAAUGGCAGCCAUGACAUAUUUGCUUCCGGCUGAAACCCUGAGAGAUAGAAGUAAAGUUCAGCAAUUAGUUCAAUUAUUUGACCCUCUAGUCAGGGCAGUUGAUGGAAUCAUCGGAGAGAAGGUGUCGAUGAGGGUUGAUUUGGAUUGUUCGGAUGGACGGACUAGAAUAGGAAUAUUCAGCCACAAAAGACUAUCUGAAUCGGUAGGAAUUUCAACAGCUGCAUUUGCCGUUGCCAUUCUCGAGGGAAGCACACAGCCUGGAGUGUGGUUUCCAGAAGAGCCCGAAGGUAUUGCGAUUGAGGCAAGGGAAACUCUUCUCAGUCGUGCUGCACAAGGAACGAUCAAUUUCAUCAUGAAUAAGGCUCCAUGGAUGGUUGAAACAGAUCCAAAAGAGAUAGGUUUUGGAAUUUACUCUUGAGAACAUCGUCACAGACUCGUGUAAACCAAGUUGCAUCAGCUGUUCAGGCCUCAACGGACCACGGUAAUUCUUCUUUCCUCAUAAUAGUUUGCAACUUUGAAUAAGUGACGAGCAAAGUUGGAUCACAACAGUGCGUCGUCGUUGUGUUCAGACAGAGUUGAGCAAUCCAGCUCCGAGUUGCAAGGAUCCGUUCAGUCUCCACCUUAUGCAGUUUCAUUGCAGCUGUAAUCCUUCUUGUCAGAUCUGAGCAUAGUUAUUUUUCCAAAUGUUACUGAUAAAUAUCUUGAAAUUCACUGAGCUGUGAAUGUAUAUCAGUGGCACUUGUUUAUUUAUUCAUAAUUCUUGAUUGUUUAAUUUUUUUAAAGAAUUACAUAGGAAGAUUUUGUUCA